GGCGCGCGUGUUUAUAUCCGGCCGGGGCUGCGCCGCCGCCGAGGACGCCCGGCCGGGCUCCGAGUGUCCGCGCCAUGGAUACCUGUGACCUGUUCUCCAGCUGCAGGAAAGGGGACGUGGGCCGAGUGCGGUACCUGCUGGAGCAGCGAGACGUGGAGGUGAACGUGCGGGACAAGUGGGACAGCACCCCCUUGUACUACGCCUGCCUCUGUGGACACGAGGAGCUGGUGCGCUACCUGCUGGCCAACGGAGCCCGCUGCGAGGCCAACACCUUUGAUGGGGAGCGCUGCCUCUACGGGGCACUGAGCGACGCCAUCCGCCGGGCGCUGCGCGAUUACAAGCAGGUGCCAGCUUCCUGCAGGCGGCGGGAUCCCUACUCCAGCUUCCUGCUGCGGCUCCUGGAGCAGGGCCUCCACAGUGACGUGGUCUUCACGGUGCACGGGAGGUCCUUCCGGGCCCAUCGCUGCAUCCUGGGCGCUCGCAGCACCUACUUCGCCAACAUGCUGGACACCAAAUGGAAGGGCAAGAGCGUCGUGGUCCUCAGACACCCCCUGGUCAACCCCGUGGCCUUUGGGGCCCUGCUGCAGUACCUGUACACAGGCCGCCUGGACGUCGGCGUGGAACACAUCAGCGACUGCGAGCGCCUGGCCAAGCAGUGCCGGCUGUGGGACCUGCUCGGCGACCUGGAGGCCAAGUUGGCUUCCAAGCCAGGCCCGUGUGUGAAGGUGCUGACCGUCGAGCCCCCCCCAGCAGACCCCCGGUUGCGGGAGGACCUGGCCCUGCUGGCUGACUGUGCCCUGCCCCCUGAGCUCCGGGGUGACCUCGGGGAGCUACCCUUCCCUUGCAACGGCCUCAACAGCUUUCCCGACAUCUGCUUCCGAGUGGACGGCUACAGCUUCCUGUGUCACAAGGCCUUCUUCUGCAGCCGCAGCGACUACUUCCGGGCCCUGCUGGAGGACCACUUCCAAGAGAGCCAGGAGCCGGCGGCCUCAGGCGGUCUCCCGGCCGUCACCCUGCAGGGCGUCUCAGCCGAAGUCUUCACCCACGUGCUGUACUACGUCUACAGCGACCACACGGAGCUGCUGCCGGAGGCGGCCUACGACGUGCUGGCUGUGGCCGACAUGUACCUGUUGCCGGGCCUGAAGCAGCUGUGUGGCCGCAGCCUGGCCCAGCUGCUGGAUGAGGACAGCGUGGUGGGCGUGUGGCGCGUGGCCAAGCUGUUCCGCCUGGCGCGCCUGGAGGACCAGUGCACCGAGUACAUGGCCAAGGUCAUCGAGAAGCUGGUGGAGCAGGAGGACUUCGUGGAGGCCGUGAGGGAGGAGGCCGCAGCCGUGGCGGCCCGGCAGGAGACAGACUCCAUCCCGCUGGUGGAUGACAUCCGCUUCCAUGUGGGCAGCGCGGUGCAGACCCGCAGUGCCAUGGAGCAGGCGCAGCAGCGGCUGCAGGCACUGGAGCACCUGCUGGUGGCCAUCGGCCUGGACUGCUGACCUGCACGUGUGCUUGUCUGUGUACGGGGGUCGCUGGGAUGAGGCCCUCCCCCAGCACAAACCAGCCCUAAGGCCAUGGGGCUGGGCACCACUCAGGGAAACCUGGGGUGGGGGUCUCUAAGGGCCCCCCCGCCCCUCCCCGCCGUCCUGCAGUGGCUGGUCUCCCUGGCGGAGCUGGCUUCUCCUUGUGUAGAGCAGCCAGCAGGGAGCGCGAGUGUGGCAAUAAAGCUUGAAUUCACUGUGGGAGCCUGUGUCCCGGGCACAGGGCCAGGGUCCGGGGAAGCUUGGGGGUUGGGGCCCGGGGCCCGAGGGUGGGUCUCUGUGCCGUCAGUGCUGCUAAUGCUGCUUCCUGGCUGUGGCGGCUGUGACCUCAGAGCUGCCUGCACGUCCUGACUGCAGGGCCGGUUGGGGGAGGCCCCGACCAGCCCAGCCCCAGGGCGCCAAGUCCAGUGGGCCUCGCCAGGCCUGGCUCCCUCCACUGGCCACUGUCUUCCCUCAGCGCAGGGCCCACCUCCCUCACGCCAGCCUCUAAACACCGUUGAGUGAAGAAAAAAAAAUAUUCCCGUAUCUUUUACUGGGAAUCAUCAUCAACAUCCCCACACUUUUCACGUUUGGAGAAACAGACCAGCCAACAGAACAACAGAAGCGAAACAGCUUGUAGGUAAACCAGUGUAGGGGCACCUUGUUGCCUCACCCCGAGGGAGAGGGCAUGACUGCAGGGCAGGUGACUGCUCUGCUGAGUCCUGGGGGACUGGAGCCAAAGGCUGACCAGUAAUCCUAUUUGAAAUGUCAGUGUUUGGUUCAUCACUAAUUUUGAUUUUAAAAUAAAAUAUUACAUUAAAAUA